AUGGGCUACGAUUUGGUGGUGCUCCCCAAAGACUGGUUCUUUGAAGACCUCCAUCCAGGAAAGUUCGAUUUCCUUACCAAUAUCAUCAACACCGCUUAUGAUAAGCCAAAGGAGAAGUAUGGCAUUAUCAAGACGCAUAGAAUCAAGAAGGCCCAGAACUUGCCCCAAGAACUACAGUACUCCAAGGAGAAAGACGUGUUUUUAGCUUUACUCCUUGGCCUGAAAGAUGGCUUUUCUGGGUUUGAUACGCCUAGAGACUUUUCUAAAACGCCAUUUCUUUCAAAGGAUUAUACAAGCCAUUUUGGUGAAAUUUCCACAGACAACGUUAAUGUGAUUCAUGUUGAUUCCACAUUCCCAGUUACCAAAGAUAUAGAGGAUAGAGUUUUGGCGACUGUGGGAUUCAAAACAUAUAAUGGUUCUUCCAAGACUGCUUCUACUGUGGAGUUUGAAAUGACAGCCUUCACUUCUUUUCUUCUGGGAAUUGCACCCAAGCUUCUUGAGUUUGUGAUUGAAAAUACGUUUAAGGAUCCCAAAACGUCGCUUUUCGACGCAGACGAAGUAUCCACUGUUCACUUACACGCUGUGGUGAUUCGGGAUCAUGAAUUGGUUCCCUACUAUGCCAAAUACUGCGGCUUUCAUAGGUUUGACCAGCCUGAUGUGGUAAUCACCAGCAGCUCUACGGAUUCGCCAUUAGAAGAUGGCAUCCAGGCCUAA